AUGGGUCUUCCUCCAGCUUGGUCUUUGUUAGACCCCAAUACUGUCACAGUUGGCAACGCCUCAGUCGAUGAUGCCUGGAAGGUUUGUGUUAUCGAUGGAGUAUACUUCGGUGGUAACGACUAUAAUGGUAGUUUGGGUGCUCGUAUCUCAUCUAUCUUCGUUAUCUUGUUUGUCAGUACUGCUUGUACUUUAUUCCCUGUUAUUGCCUCUGAUGUCAAAGGAAUGCGUGUACCUGAAUAUGUUUACCUGUUUGCCAAAAACUUUGGUACAGGAGUCAUUGUUACCACAGCAUUUGUUCAUUUAAUGGAUCCCGCUUAUGGCGAAAUCGGUCCCAACACCUGUGUUGGUAUGUCUGGUAACUGGGCAGAAUAUUCUUGGGUUCCUGCUAUUAUCCUUGUGACUGUCUUUAUUAUCUUCUUAGUUGAUCUUAUCAGUGAUGUAUAUGUUGAGCGCAGAUAUGGCAUCUCACAUAACCAUGAUGAUGAUUUAGUGCACAGUGCCAUUGUUCAACCUGCCCAACCUUCAUCCCAAGUAGACUUGCACUCCGACAUCGAGGCUCAUCACAAUCAUGGACACACUGAAAAAGAGGCUGACCUCUACUCAUACCCAGCUUCUAAAGCUAGUUCUCUUGCCGAGAAAGAUUUCCAGACUCAAAUCGCUGCCUUCCUCAUUCUUGAAUUUGGUGUUAUCUUCCACUCCGUUAUGAUUGGAAUCAACCUCGGAGCUACUGGUGAUGAAUUCAAGACGCUUUAUAUUGUUCUUAUCUUCCACCAGAGUUUUGAGGGUCUAGGUAUCGGUGCCAGACUCAGUGCCAUUCAAGGAUUUCCUAAGAAGUGGUGGAAAUACGCUUUGUGUCUGGCCUACGGUUUGACUACCCCUGUUUGUGUUGCUAUUGGUCUCGGUGUUAGAACCGCUUACGACGGAAACUCUUACAAUGCUAACAUUAUUCAAGGUGUCUUAGAUUCCAUUUCGGCCGGUAUUUUGAUCUACACUGGUUUGGUCGAGCUCCUAGCCAGAGACUACAUUUUCAAUGAGAACAGGACCAAAGACCUGAAAAAGUUAACAUUUUCUAUUAUUUUCAUUCUUAUGGGAGCCGGAUUAAUGGCUCUUUUAGGCAAAUGGGCCUAA